AUGGAAGAACUUACGGCGUUCGUCUCCAAGUCUUUUGACCAGAAAGUGAAGGAGAAGAAGGAGGCGAUCACGUACCGGGAGGUGCUGGAGAGCGGGCCGCUGCGUGGGGCCAAGGAGCCGACCGGCUGCGCCGAGGCGGGUCGCGACGACCGCAGCAGCCCGGCAGUCCGGGCGGCCGGCGGAGGCGGCGGCGGAGGAGGCGGAGGCGGAGGCGGAGGAGGCGGAGGAGGUGUAGGAGGAGGAGGAGCAGGCGGAGGAGCUGGAGGAGGGCGCUCUCCCGUCCGGGAGCUGGACAUGGGCGCCGCGGAGAGAAGCAGGGAGCCGGGCAGUCCACGACUGACGGAGGGUAGAAGGAAGCCAACGAAAGCUGAGGUCCAGGCUUCGCUGCUUUUCCCGGGCCAGGCGUUUCGGUUUCUUAGGGUGUUGUCCCCGGAGCUGAAAGAUCGCAAAGAGGAUGCGAAAGGGAUGGAGGACGAAGGCCAGACCAAAAUCAAGCAAAGGCGAAGUCGGACCAAUUUCACCCUGGAACAACUCAAUGAGCUGGAGCGGCUUUUUGACGAGACCCACUAUCCUGACGCCUUCAUGCGAGAGGAACUGAGCCAGCGACUGGGCCUGUCAGAGGCCCGAGUGCAGGUUUGGUUUCAAAAUCGAAGAGCUAAAUGUAGAAAACAAGAAAAUCAACUCCAUAAAGGUGUUCUCAUAGGGGCCGCCAGCCAGUUUGAAGCUUGUAGAGUCGCACCCUAUGUCAACGUAGGUGCUUUAAGAAUGCCAUUUCAGCAGGAUAGUCAUUGCAACGUGACGCCCUUGUCCUUUCAGGUUCAGGCGCAGCUGCAGCUGGACAGCGCUGUGGCGCACGCGCACCACCACCUGCAUCCGCACCUGGCCGCGCACGCGCCCUACAUGAUGUUCCCAGCACCGCCCUUCGGACUGCCGCUCGCCACGCUGGCCGCGGAUUCAGCUUCCGCCGCCUCGGUAGUGGCGGCCGCCGCAGCCGCCAAGACCACAAGCAAGAACUCCAGCAUCGCCGAUCUCAGACUGAAAGCCAAAAAGCACGCGGCAGCCCUGGGUCUGUGACGCCAACGCCAGCACCAGCGUCGCGCCUCCCCCGCGGCAUUCAGCCUGCACGCCCUCCGCGCCCUGCUGCUUCUCGGUUACCCCUUUCAGACCUCGGGAGCCGGCCCUCUUGCCGUCUCACUGACCAUCCCUUGUCCCCUUUCGCAUCCUGGACUUGGAAAGCCAGACUUCACGCAGGACCAGGGAUCCCACGAGGCGCGCAGGCUCUGUGGCUCCUGCCCAUUUUCCUACCUGAGGGCCUAGAAUUCGGUUUUGUAGGAGCGGGUUUGGGGGAGUCUGGAGAGACUGCACAAGGAAGUGGUGGAACUGCGAAGUGUGGCUCACCACAAAGCUGCAACGAUGGACUCUUGCAUAGAAACAAAAUCUUGUUAACAAUGAAAAAAUGAGCGAACAAAAAAAAUUGAAAGACAAACCGGAGAGAAAAGGAGAAAGGGAAUUUAUUGCUAUUUGGCAGAAGCUGAAAUUGUAGAACCAAGAAGCAAAAACAAAUUUUAAAUUUAAAGUAUUUUAUACAUUUAAAAAUAUGGAAAAACAAUCCAGACGAAUCUAGAGAAAAUGUGGGGGAGUUACCAACUUAAAUAUGUGUGUUUUUAAAAGUGCGCUAUGAAGGCAAAGCAGAAAGAAGAGGUAUACUUAUUUAAAAAGCCAAGAUGAAAAAAGUGCGCAGCUGGGAAGUUCACAGGUUUUGAAACUGACCUUUUUCUGCGAAGUUCACGUUAAUACGAGAAAUUUGAUAAGAGAGGCGGGCCUCCUUUUACGUUGAAUCAGAUGCUUUGAGUUUAAACCCACCAUGUAUGGAAGAGCAAGAAAAGAGAAAAUAUUAAAACGAGGAGAGAAAAAAAUAAUAUUAACACAAAAAUAUGCCACAGACAAUGAUUUCUCUGAGAAAUUAUUAUGGCAAAACUGUCCGGACUACUGACAGUAAAUUCCGGUUUGCAUGUUACUUGUAUUCCAUUGAUGGUGUGUCCUCCUCCCACCCCCUUAACUCCCAUGCACUUGCUCCAUUUUCAUCUUCACUACGAAAAACAAUACCAAAAGCAUCUGGGAAUUGGGAUAUAUAUAUAUGGAUAUAUAUAUAUAUAUAUAUAUAUAUAUCCAUAUAUAUACAUAUUUGCCCUGUCUUUCAUCCUGGGGAAGAAAACAAAAAAGUCAGAAAGGGAAAAAAUUAUACUCCUUGUCCUAAGAAGACAGACAGAGGUGGGCAGAAUAUGUGGGGAAAGGAAAAAGAAAACAAGACCACGAAAUGAAAUAAUGAAGGUACAGCGCCUCGCUGUGCCAGACACAGUAGGAGCUCAAUCAGUGUUAGUUCCCACCAUUCCCCUUUUCUCCUAUUCCUUCUUGUUGGUUUCCUGAAGUCCUAUUUGAAGACAGUGCUUUAUUUCCCCCUCUCUAUCCCGUCAAAUUAACCUUAAAUAACACCCAGCUAGAUACAGGCACUAGGUUUGUGUAAAAUAUGUUGAUACACACGAACAAAGUUUAUUUUGGCUAUAAUGUGUGGACUGACUUUCAACAUUUGCAUUUUAUCUCACAAAGGUGUAUCUAUUCAAGUAACUUUUUUUUUUUUUUUUUUGGUUGUUUCACUUCAUAUCGCUAUUUAAACUGGGAUACCUUGGACUAAUCCAAUCUGUAUCCCACUUCUCUAACAAGCCUAAGUUUGUGGGUUUUUUACCUUCUAAUUUACAAGAGGAAAAGCUCUUCUAACUGAACUUUGGUAUGCGGUUGAGCUUUGUAACUAUUUGUUCUCCAUGAAAACAAAAUUAUUUAUAUUUGACAUAUUUUUUUCUAGUGUAUUAAGUUAUUUUAAACAAAAGAUGUUGUUAUCUCAUGAUGUGUUGUCAGUACAAAAUGUUUUGGCUCAGCUUCUGUUAAACCUUUUAAAUAAGUGCCAAGUUAUUAAUUGAAGACACUUUGCGAUCAAUUGAAUGAAAAUAUUGUUUCAUUUGA